UCGCAGAGCCAGACCAUUCAAUCCCGGCACAUGAGCAGCCAUCUGUGGAAGUACUACCUUCAGGAUGAUGUCGAUCGCUUUCGGCAUUUACUCGAGACGGCCUCGUACAAUGUCCGUCCACACCAGAACAGGGCCCAGUCCAUGCAGUCCACCGCCGCCGUGAGCUCGAGUCCUGGUACCUUGAGUACUUCGCCUACACUCACCGCAAAGGCACGCAAGCCUUCGACCUUUUCACCACAUGCAGGAAACAUCCCUCCCCUCACCAAGGCAGACAUCAACUGGCGCGAUUCGAAUGGCAUGACCCUACUCCACCAUGCCGCAUCCUCGACAUCCGAGAAUGCUCUCGAAUUCGCCCAAGCUCUUGUUGAGCAUCCUUUGAUCGACCUCUAUCUACAAGACGCCGAGAAUGCAUGGACCGCCCUACAUCGCGCCUUCUACUUUGGUAACAUCACUAUUGCUCGCGCAAUUCUCGAGAGGGAUACCUCAGAUGCUCUUGGUAGAGGAAUAGGAGGAGGUCUGGUCAAGAUCAAGGAUCGCGAAGGACUUGGUCCCUUGGAUCUAUACGCUGCGACAAUCAAGGAUCGCACUUUACGACCUGAAGGACAAAAACGACCCAGAGCUGGGUCCGAUGCCAGUGAAGAGGAAGUCAUCAUGAAUGACGAUGAUGAUCAAGAGGUUAGAACACGAGUCAUUGAAUUUGCGACAAACAUUUCCGGCGACGAAGUCUACACUUUCGGAAGCAACAAGAAUAUCACUCUAGGCUUCGGAGAUGAAGAUGAUCGACAAUACCCGGAGCGCAUAACUCUGAAACGACCUGAUCACUUGCUGCAGCGAUUCUAUCGCGAAUACGUUCGAGAAUAUGAAAAGACGUGGGCCACGUUCGACCCCGUCAUCGCGCAGACAGGCCACUCUGCUUUGCCACGCUCGUUACCCGUGGAGUCAAUGCCUUGGGCUGUCAAAAACCGCCCUUUGAUCAUCCAGGACGUCUUCAUGUCUAAGCUUUCAACAGCAGUCUUGACUACCGACCCAGAGUCAAAUUUGUACAUGUGCGGUCACGGGCCUGGAGGUCGUCUAGGUGUUGGAGAUGAACAGUCGCGUUUCAGAUUUGUCUGCAUUGAGGGUGGUGCUUUGUCGCGCAAGAAGAUUGCCACCGUCGCACUUGGUCAGAACCACACCAUGGCCGUUGAUGACCGAGGUGAGGUCUUCUCAUGGGGUAGCAACAGCUACGGUCAACUCGGAUACAGUCUACCUAAGACUGGCCUCAAGGACGAAGAUCCAGUGAGCUGCGUACCAGCGCAGAUCUUCGGUCCCCUCAAGCGUGAAAUCGUGAUUGGUGUCGCCGCAUCCCGCAUCCACUCAGUUGCGUACACUUCCACAUCCCUGUACACUUUUGGCAAAAAUGAGGGUCAGCUUGGCAUUGUCGAUUCUGAUGCUCGUUCUCUAGAGUAUCAAAUCACGCCUCGCAAGGUUGCGGCUUCUCGCUUCGCUGCACCAAUUGUCUCAGUCGCUGCCAUCGACCGUGCUACUGUCUGUCUUCUGGAGAAUCACGAUGUGUGGGUCUUCGCGAACUAUGGUUAUGCGAAGAUACAAUUCCCUCUUGACGGCUCAAGCAGUUUCUUGAAGGACAGCUUCCGCGUCACUCGAUAUGAUGAUACUGUCAACCACAUCUGCAAGAUCACGGCAGGUGGUGAUACCAUUUGUGCCAUGUCAAGCAGCGGUGAGGUCUAUACCUUAUCUGUCAGUCAACGUCAAGACCAGGCCAAUGCCUCCACAACCAACCCGACAAAGAUCAGAGGAGCAUUAUCUGCGCCACAAGAGAUUUGGUCACUGAAGAAGAACAACAUGGCCGCUCGUGAUGUUGGUGUAGAUGCAGAUGGCUCCAUCAUUCUGACCACCGAAGAAGGAAGUGUCUGGAAACGAUCAAGAAGAACAAAAAUCAAGGACGGAAAGUCUCUGGAAGCCGUCCAGUACAAGCCAAAGGAUUACAAGUUCUCUCGUAUUGCUGGUCUUUCUCGCGUUACAGCAGUUAGAUCUUCUGCAUACGGUGCCUACGCUGCUGUUCGAAGAGAUUGCGAUGUUACCAAGACUCAAACACUGGUUCAAGAACAGACUAUCUGGAAAGACCUGUUCCCACUUCUUUGUUUCAACGAUCUCGUCGUUUAUGAAGAUGUUCAUGAUAGUGAGAGUGAGGAGCCACAACCUCGUUUCUGGCAGGGUCGUAAGAAGCCUGAUGAAGUACAGCUUCUUCGCAAGGGUUUACUCCAGUCGAAGGAUAUCGAAAAGGAUCUUGAAGAGCAUUUGCGCCAGGCGUCAAACGACAACUUCAGCGAGUUUGAUGCCAUCAUCGCAUCCAACGUGUCUGAACUUCGCUUCCCUGCUCACCAGUUUGUUCUCGCGGGACGAAGCAGGAUACUCAGAGCAGGCUUCCAGGCUGUCAGAGAUGGUGGCGACUUUACCGUUCCUGACCUUCUCAUCUGUGAGCGUGAUUCCCUUGGUCGACCUGUCAUGAUCUUCCAAGGACUUGAUGUACUCACUUUGGUCGAUUUCCUUCUUUACUGCUACACCGAUACUAUUGUCGACUUUUGGCAUCACACUCGAGGAUCUCCCUUGGCAUUCCGAUACCGACAAGUUCGUACUGAGCUGAUGAAGAUUGCUGCCAAACUUGAACUUCUCAAAUUGGAGCCAGCAGUCAGGCAAAUGAUCGAACCCGAGCGCUGUAUGCCUAUGGACCUUGAGAUUGCCGCCAGAGAUCAGGAUUACUUCGCUAAUGGCGAUAUUCGAGUUCAGUUGAGCGAUGGCGAUGUACUGGUUCAUGGGCCUAUGGUCUGUCAGAGAUGUCCCUUCUUUGAAGGUAUGUUCAUGGGACGUGCUGGUGGUCGUUGGCUUGAAGCAAGACGUGGCCUCUUGCAGAAUGCUUCCGAUGCUGUGGAUGUCGACCUUCAGCAUAUCGAGUCUAAUAUCUUCCGCAUGGUCCUCCGCCACAUCUACGCGGACACUGGCGAAGAGCUCUUCGAUGACAUCGUGAGCAAUGAUCUUGAUGAGUUCCUCGAUGUUGUCAUGGAAGUCAUGGCUGUUGCAAACGAACUUAUGCUGGACCGUCUUUCUCAGGUCUGUCAAAGAGUUGUUGGCCAACACGUCACCACUCGCAACGUUUGUGGUCUGCUCAACGCCAUCGCUCCCAGCUCUGUCACUGAAUUUAAAGAUGCCAGUCUCGAGUAUCUGUGUUUGAGUUUGGAGGCCAUGCUUCAAGGUGGUCUGCUGGAUGAGCUCGAUGAGGAUCUACUCCUCGAGCUGGACGACAUUGUUCGUGCCAAUCAACUUGCUCUUAUGCCCUUCGCUAAGAGUGGUCGUGCUGAGGCUCUUCUACAUGAGCGACACCCAGAGCUUGCCGCUCUCAUUGAUCGCGAUCGCCAAGUCAAGCUUGAUUCGAUCAUGCUACAUGCCAAACACCAAGAUCUCGAUGGAUGGGGUCCAAACUCUUUCAGAGGCGGUAGCUUGGAUGAUGGUGCAUACGGAAAACAGAAGGCUCGAAGGAAGUCUAAGGAUGCCCAAUCAUCCGCCGUUGACUCUACACCUAGAACGAGAGCCGCUGUACCGUCUUUGGGCACGAGCCUCGAAGAGAGCUCACCACUUGAUCUUCGUGGCGCUCCUUCAAGGAAUGCCGAGACCGAGUUCGAGAGGACAUUACGUAGAGACACCGCGGUCGGGACUCCCACAGAUUCCUGGCUCGACUCUAGAGGAAAACCAAUUACACCUAAUGAUGCCACACCCAAGCAAGGUGGUCUCACCCCCGCCAUGACACCUGCAACUCCUGGAAGCUCUUCAAGUGUCCCUUGGGCGGCUACUCCUUCACCUGGCGCGAAGCUGGAGAUGAAGGAUAUCAUGGCACAAGCAUCUUCGAGUCGCGUAUCUAACCUUUCAUUGGGUAUAGCGGCAAGCAGACAAAAGGCAUCUGAGGAUGCUUCGGCAGCCAGAUCAGCAGCGAAAAUAUCGCAGAAAGAGCGCAAGAGAAUGCAACAAGCCCAGCAAUCAGCGGCUGCCGAGAUUGAGGAGAAGAUCGCAGCAAAAGCAGCCUCACCAUGGCAGGUCGUUUCUGGUCAGAAGAUACCCUCUCUUAAGGAUGUUAUUGGUGACAAGCCACUUUCACCCAGUCCAUCGAGCAGACCUCAACCCACAGCUCGUACGAGCACUACCCCUCAAUUGACCAUGCGGCAAACAAUUGCCAACCCGAAGCCCACACCCAAGCCUGCCGCUGCUGUUGCUGCUUCACCUAAGAGCUUAGGUCCUGGUUCGCCCAUCACAUCUGACCUCUCAUCCCAAUCCUUCCCUUCUAUCCAAUCCAUUGUACACAACCCUCGUGCCGCAGAACCUGCUCUGCAGCUGUCCUUGCAAGAGAUCCUGGAACAGCAGCAAUACGAGAAAGAUAUCAUCAAAGAAGCAGCAGCGGCAAGAAGUCUGCAGGAGAUUCAAGCGGAGCAGGAGUUCCAAGAGUGGUGGGACAAGGAAGCCGCCAGAAUGAAGGAAGACGAGGAGUUUGCGAGAUUGAUUGCUGAAGGUAAAACACCUGAUCAAGCUGGCGGUGCCAAGAAAAAGGGAAAUAGGAGGGGUGGUGGAAAGCAGAAUGGCCAUGCUUACCAACAACAUGACAAGAAGAAGGAGGGCAUUGCAGCUGGGCAGGUUACACCGCAAGGGCAAGGGCAGUCAUCCAGACCCAGAGGAGGAGGAAGGAACAGAGGCGGUGGUCGAGGUGCCGCUGCUCCUGCCCCAACCCCAACUCCCACUGCUGGAAGUAAAGCUUGA